ACUGUCAUUAGCUCGUUAGCUUCCUCAUGAUACUUCUCACAUCUCCAGAGAAAGACACUUAAUUAUUUUGUUUUUAUAACAAAAUAACAACGUUUAUUUAUAUCUCCUUUCUCCAUGCGGAUUUUGUCUGCAUCAUUGUACAGUCUUUUUUUUUUUUAAUGGUGAUCAGGUCGACCAGGAAGCGAUGAUAGCGUGAGGAGCCUCAUUACAAGUUAAACUGUCAUCUUUUGAUAAAAACCUUUACGAAGACCGACGCUGUAGUUUACAGUUUUGAAAAAGACAUGGAGGUUUUCCAUAUUCCCAGACGAGGGUCCAUGUUGAUGUGGGCCAUGGCGAUUCAGCUGAUCCUGUGUAGGAUCAGUGUAUUUGCCACUGACAGCACAACAGCCUGCAAACUCAUCUCUGAGUCUAAGUCAGAAAGAAGUAUCCUCAAUAAACUAGAGCCACUCGCCCACAAGAACAUUACAGCGGAUGUCACAAAUGGAGAUGACAGUUACACAUAUGUGUUCCAGUUGUGUGGGGAUGCUGAUGGUAUUCAUUUAGCUGGCGUUAUUCAAAAGGACAAAAAAGCAGAGAAGAAACCAACAGUUAUUGGCCGGUAUAAUGCUACACAGGCCAUUGGAGGAAGUGACUGGGUGAUGUUGAUCUAUGGAAGUGGUGAUACAUAUGAUGCCCACUGCUCCCAGGAAACAAGGAAAGCUAUUAUUAUGAUCUCUUGCAACAGGAAUACAGAUAUGGGUCCACUGGAAGUUGUUCUGGAGGACAGGGAAAGGACCCGCGACUGUUUUUACCUGUUUGAGCUGGACUCCAGUGCCGUGUGUCCAGUCAUCGUGUCCCAUAUUAGCAGUGGCUCCAUAAUACUCAUCAUCGUUUUCUGUCUUGUGACCGUUUACCUCGUUGGAGGUUUCCUCUACCAGCGGCUGAUUGUUGGAGCCAAAGGGAUGGAGCAAUUUCCUAAUUAUGCUUUUUGGGUGGAAGUUGGGAACCUGACAGCGGAUGGGUGUGACUUUGUGUGCCGGUCAAAGAAUCGAGAUGAAGCUCCAGCCUACAGGGGACUGAGCACUGAUGCUUUAGAGGAACAGCCAGAAGAAAGAGAUGACCACUUACUACCUAUGUGACCUCAGUAUGUCAGAAAGAGAGCCAAAAUUUUCACUUUGUUACAUAAAUUACUCUUUGACAGUUUGAGAUACUGGUACACACGUCUGUUUUGUUUGUCUGGCUUAAGUAACUCCCUCUUGGCACUUUCAUAAUAAUCUAGAUUUCAGCCGGAGGCAAAAAAUAGUUUGAUAAGAAAGAGGUGCUGUUACUUGUUGGCAGACAGACUUGUCGUCUUCUCCUUUUACGCAUUUCAUUUAGCUGUUUUGCCUUGACCAAAUGAAUAAAUCUCCCAAGAUGAAGAGUCUACUACGGAAAUCUGGCAGAAUAGGGAGAAACUUUAAAAUGAUGAAAAUGGUGGUAUUAUUGUUUUUUUUUAUUAUUUUUUUUGUGUGUGAUUUUUUUUUUUUUCUACUUAGCUGUUAAUUGGGUGUGGCAAGUGUUGUUUUUUUUGUUUUUUUUUAUCAUAAGGUAAUGCUUGCUGCAGGUUACAUAACACACAAGUAUUUUGCUUCAGUAAUUUGUGUUCGAUGAGUUUCUUUUAUUUUGACAGAUAAUAUGUGAAUGUAAAUGUUUAAUUCUAAGUACAGUGACAGUACUUACAGCCUUUUCUGCAUUUGUUGAAAUCACUGCAAAUCCAAUGCCUCAGUGAGAUAAGUUUUUUUGUGGGAUAAUGUUCUUUCUCCCAAAUUAUGAAUAAAAUCUUAAUUUCCCAGAUACCGGUAAAAAGUCACUAACCCUGACAGGUGUGACGAUCUUAUCUCUUAAAAUGUUGAGGCAAUUAAGCAGCUCUGUCAUAGUUGCGUAGAGUUUACGUACAUCUUAGUCUCACACUGCAAUACUUAAGCAUUCAUAGAUAAAUAAAAACAAAGAAACACUUUUUGGCAAUGAAUAGCUGAGUAUAUAAACACUUGCCUGGCUGCCUUCAGUGUAAUAUCAACCCAGAUACUGAAAAUAACCCAAUACAUACCAACUUUAUUUACUGUGGACUCCUGUCAGACCAAAUAUUCUGCCUGCUUUAUUGUGUCUAUAAUAAAGCACAGGGUGUGACAAUGAAAGUAUCUCCUCCUGUAUUGAUGUGAUAUAGUUGUAAAAACAUUACAGUUUUGGUGAUACCGAUAAGAUUUGUAGAAUUUUUACAGAAAUCAAAACAUUAUUGCUGCUAUGGACUAGAUUCAACUUUUUGAAUUUGAUAGAAAAAACGUUCAGUUUCACUGUACUCUGUAUGGUUCAUUUAAAGCAGUUUUUCCUAUAUUUUUCCUGUUUAUUUUGUCUAAUAUAUGUUGACAUUUCUUUGCUAAGUUCAGCGAACGUCUCUUUUUGUGGAAAAUAUUCAGUGCAGACGGCUGCAGGCGUCGCUGAGGUUGAUUUACUUUUGCAGUGCUUUUGGCUCAAAAUUGAUUACAAGUCAUGGACCUGUUUGUUUUCUGACUCUAUUAAAGAAAACUGUAA